AUGUCAGUUAAAACUAGAAAAAUAGCAAUAGUUGGUUCAAGAGCAGUUGGAAAAUCAUCAAUGACAGUAAGAUUUGUUGAAGAUCAUUUUGUUGAGUCAUAUUAUCCAACUAUUGAAAAUCAAUUUUCAAAAAAUGUCAAAAUAAAUAACCAAUUAUAUACAAUUGAAAUUUUAGAUACUGCUGGUCAAGAUGAAUUUAGUUUAAUGAAUGAAAAACAUUUAAUUGGAAUACAUGGAUAUUUAUUAAUUUAUUCAGUUACUUCAAGACAAUCAUUUGAAUUAAUUGAAAUUAUAAGAGAUAAAAUUUUAAACUCGAUUGGUAAUGAUUUGGUUCCUAUGAUUUUAAUUGGAAAUAAAUAUGAUUUAAAUUAUCAAAGACAAAUAUCAAAAGAAGAAGGAGAAGAACUAGCUAAAAAAUUCAAUUGUAAAUUUAUGGAAACAAGUGUAAGAGAAAAUAUAAAUAUAAAUAAUUCGUUUGAAACUUUAAUUAAUGAUAUUGAAAAAAUACAGAAUCCUCCAAUUCAGAAGAAUAAUGAUAAAUGUAUAAUUGUAUAG